CACAAAAAUCUCCACACACACACACACACACACACACACACACACACACACACACACACACACACACACACACACACACACAGAGUAUUGGGCCUGGAGACAGGGAGAGGAGAGGAUAGUGCUCCAAAGUCAUUUCCUGAUGGGUGUCUCACGACAACACACACACAUCUGAGUGUGUGUGUGUGUCAGAGACCGAGACAGAGUGAGAUAGGCAGCACGAGAGAGAUAUGGAGUUGAGCAAGGGCAGACGAGGAUAAAUGAUCACUAGUGGGUUUGGUAUCCAUUAAGCAGGGAGGUAGUGAUUUACGGGAGAGCAUUUAGUUCAUCAAUAUACUUUAGUCUGUUUCGAAGUUGGAUAAAUGGCCCUACUAGAUAGAUAUUAGACAACAAACACUGCAGGCUGUGUCCCAAUCGACAAUAUGCUGCCUUUUGAGCAUUUAAAGGCAGGACGGUGUUUCUAUAGAUGUGUCUUUUAGGGCAUGUGACAUGCUCUCUUUGCCUGAACUGAUAGAAGUCCCCAGACCACACUUGAAUGUACAGCACUAUGGACAACUCCUUCCCUGGAGAUUCUAAUUCAAAUAUAGAAAAAUCCUAGGGGAGUGUCAAUAGGCCAUUUUCAGCACAGAUCCAAGAAUUCUUCAGGCAUCCUCAAAUGCAGUCACUUCACUAGCUGCCAGCGACGCUGGUCUAGAUGUGGCAAUUCCUCUGAGAAAAUGAAUGCAACAAACAGUACAUUACACGUAUUUGUUCCUAUGGAAAGUUCCUUUCUUGGUUAGUGUCCAGGGACAUGUCAUGGAUGUGUGCUAUUUCCCCAGGCCGAGGGUGUGUAUGCAUCUCCACUGUGAAUGGGUGAUAACCUAGUCAUGGAAACUGACGUGAUCUGCUUCCCUUCUGUCUCUCUCCCUCUUUCCUUCGCUCUAUAGAUCCCUCUUUCAUUCUCUCUAUUUCUCUCUCUCCCUCCUUCACUCUACUGUAGAUCACUCUCUUUUGUAUGUUCUCUCUGCUUUUUCCUUCUAUCUCCUCUCUGGCUCAGAGAAUGACCUCCAUCCAUCCUCUUGCAAUCCCGUCCGUUCCUAACAGUUGACUUUCCAACAUCAGUCUGUAGGGACUGACAGAUAGACAGCCUUUUCAGGGACUGAACUAUAACUCACCAUUUUGUAUUGUUGCAUUCAGACUGAGGGCAUUCAGUAAAUUGAUAUCAAUGGCUAAUCCCCGCACUGGCUCCUCCUAAUCUAAUCUGCAGUUUCUGGAAUAUUAGUUGCAUAAGGCAAAUCUCUGCCCAACCGUCAACAGAUUACGCAACGGAUUUGGAUAUUGUGCUCUGUGUCUGUCACAUUACCGGAAAUUAGUUUGCAGAAGGUUGAUGAUACAGUUGAAGUCGGAAGUUUACAUACACUUAGGUUGAAGUCAUUAAAACUCGUUUUUCAACCACAAAUGUCUUGUUAACAAACUAUAUUUUGGGCAAGUCGGUUAGGACAUCUACUUUGUGCAUGACACAAAUCAUUUUUCCAACAAUUGUUACAGACAGAUUAUUUCACUUAUAACUCACAAUUCCAGUGGGGCAGAAGUUUACAUACACUAAGUUGACUGUGCCUUUAAACAGCAUGGAAAAUUCCAGAAAACGAUGUCAUGGCUUUAGAAGCUUCUGAUAGGCUAAUAGACAUCAUUUGAGUCAAUUGGAGGUGUACCUGUGGAUGUAUUUCAAGGCCUACCUUCAAACUCACUGCCUCUUUGCUUGACAUGUUGGGAAAAACAAAUUAAAUCAGCCAAGACCUCAGAAAAAAAUGGUAGACCUCGACAAGUCUGGUUCAUCCUUGGGAGCAAUUUCCAAAUGCCUGAAGGUACCACGUUCAUCUGUACAAACAAUAGUACGCAAGUACAAAAGUAUCUAUAUCCACAGUAAAACGAGUCCUAUAUUGACAUAACCCGAAAGGCCACUCAGCAAGGAAGAAGCCACUGCUCCAAAACCGCCAUAAAAAAAUCCAGACUACGGUUUGCAACUGCACAUGGGGACAAAGAUCAUACUUUUUGGAGAAAUGUCCUCUGGUCUGAUGAAGCAAAAAUAAAACUGUUUGGCCAUAAUGACCAUCGUUAUGUUUGGAGGAAAAAGGGGGAGGCUUGCAAGCUGAAGAACACCAUCCCAACCGUGAAGCACGGGGGUGGCAGCAUCAUGUUGUGGGGGUGCUUUGCUGCAGGAGGGACUGGUGCACUUCACAAAAUAGAUGACAUCAUGAGGGAGGAAAAUUAUGUGGAUAUAUUGAAGCAACAUCUCAAGACAUCAGUCAGGAAGUGAAAGCUUGGUCGCUAAUGAGUCUUCCAAAUGGACAAUGACCCCAAGAAGACUUCAAAAGUUGUGACAAAAUGGCUUAAGGACAACAAAGUCAAGGUAUUGGAGUGGCCAUCUCAAUGCCCUGACCUCAAGCCUAUAGAACAUUUGUGGGCAGAACUGAAAAAGCAUGUGCGAGCAAGGAGAGCUACAAACCUGACUCAGUUACACCAGCUCUGUCAGGAGGAAUGGGGCAAAAUUCACCCAAAUUAUUGUGGGAAGGUUGUGGAAGGCUACCCGAAAUGUUUGACCCAAGUUAAACCAUUUAAAGGCAAAUGCUACCAAAUACUAAUUGAGUGUAUGUAAACUUCUGACCCACUGGGAGUGUGAUGAAAGAAAUAAAAGCUGAAAGAAAUCAUUUUCUCCACUAUUAUUCUGACAUUUCACAUUCUUAAAAUAAAGUGGUGAUCCUAACUGACCUAAAACAGGGAAUUUUUACUAGGAUUAAAUGUCAGGAAUUGUGAAAAACUGAGUUUAUGUACUUGGCUAAGGUGUAUGUAAACUUCCGACUACAACUGUAGGUCACGGAGUCUGCACUUUGUUUGGAUGAGUCUACCCACUCUGCAUGUUCUGUUCCUCUCCUGCCCUCUCCUCUCGCUGUCUCUGCUAUGAACAGCCGGCAGCAGCAUCCACUCCUCCCCACUCUGCCUCUAUCCUCUCCUCCCGUCACUCCUCUUCAAACAACGGCCUGCCACUGUUUGUGUACUCUAUAAUUACACUGUGUCAGUUUUCACCACUCUCCCUCUCCCUCCUCUGCUGUCUUGCAGCAAUGGUGUGUCAGAAUUAUGUCCAGUCUUGUGACCUCCCCCAACCCCCUUCCAACUCUCUAAUUUGCUGGAUGAUAUGGUGGUCGUGUGAAAUGUUGGUCGUGUGAAGAGUUAUGGGUCCUCAUGUCUGUGUUUCUUCCAGGUCCUUUCCUUUCUGAGCAGUCAAAUCUUGCCAUCCCAGUCCCCUUUCUACAUGUCUGUCUGCAUGGGCUGUCUCCCGACCACCCCCCCCCCUCUCCCCGUGUAGAAGUAGCUGAUGUGAUGAAACUGUGUGAUGUUAACUUUCUCUCCUCCUCCCCCUCUCUCUCUGCAGUGAAUCAGCAGGAAUUACACCUGUGCCCUCCUCUUCCUCUCCUAGAAAUGGCUGUUAACUCUCUCACUCUCUCUCCCUCUUUCCUCCCACCUUCUUUUCCUCCCUCUUUCCUUCCUUCCCUCCCGCCCUCCCUCUGUUUCUUCCUCUUUCUCUGCAGUAUUCUACAGCAUUGUCUCUCUCUCUGUGUCUUCAUCUGUAUCAGCAUUCAGUCUUGCAAUAUUUCUUUCAGAGAGUUCUCACGUUGGUGCAUAUCAGGUACUGUAGUAUAUUAUGAAUGGUGACUAUGAAAUUCAACCAAACUAUGCAUUGGUUUAUUUUUCAAGUCACUUUUCAUCUGCCAGCCUGUGCAAUGUGUAUCCUGUCCCCUCAUCUCAUUACGGUUGAACAAAUCACAUCGCCAGAGGUCAAAGCUGAAAAUAGCCCGAGAUCAUUGGUUGAGAGCGAUGCAGGUGCAGAUGCCUUUGUGGAAACUGCAAGGUGCAGUGUGAGAAAGAAACACUUGCAGUUACAGGUGUGUUGCUCUCGGCCGAUGUACAGUAUGUGACAUUAUGGCAUAUAUAGACUUAUGCGUCUAUAUAUGCAAGUAGCUUACUUAUAUAUACCUCGCAGACAGGCUGCAAGGAGACUAGCAUCGCUCACUGCAAUCUGUUUAUUUCCCCUCAAUUUCUACAUCCAGGUCACCCUUAGCCAUUGUAGCUUGUUUGGCUAAUUCGUCAAUAGACUAUAUGAAUCUGAAAAAAAACCCACAAUUGACCAAAACAACAACAAAACGUAUAUCGAAAUUAUGAGUGGAAAUAAAUAAAAAAAUGCAAGAAUUUAUGCUCUGAUAUUGAAAAAAAGACAAGCAUGCUAUGAGCGAUAGGAGCAAGCACGCAGAACAAAAACUCUUAAUUAUAUCAUUACCAUAUCAUUAUCAUAUUAUCUGCCAAUUCAAUUGACAAGCAUUAGGAGACAGUUUGCCUGCAACGUAUUGAGAUAAUAUCACUAGGGCGUUGGUCUUGUGUCAGCCGGUUCUCAAGCCAUGGAUCAAUGAACAAGGAUCAUCACCCAUGAUGGCUCUCAGGCUUACUUCAGAUUUACUCGUACACUGCACUCCAUUUUAAGUGAACGUGGUUAUAGUGACCAACCGUUUAUAGUGAUCAAAUUAUCGUGCUGCACGGAUGUGACCACUGUAAAAGAGGAGUGCACUCCCACUGGGCAUGGACGUCAAUUUAACGUCUAUGCCACGUUGGGUCAACGUCAUUUCAAUGAAAUGACGUGGAAACAACGUUGAUUCACCCAGUGUGCCCAGUGGGCUGUAAAAGCCAAAUAUCCAUGGCUAGCACCAAAUAUCCAUGGCUAACACCAAAUAUCCAUAGCUAACUGUAUGUUUGUUGUACUUUCUCUCUCCUCAGCGUCUCUAUGCCAUGGAGCCUGUGUGGAGGUGGACUCUGACACUGACGCAGUGGUCAGCGAAGGCUUUAAGCUGGGAUGUAUCUCCUGUAAGAUGAGGGGCGAGGUGCCCGCCGAGGCCACUGUUGAAUGGUCCUUCAUGCCCAAAGGGGAGAGCGAGUUCACAAAAAUCUACAGCUACGAGGAUCUAAUGAGCGACAUUCCGGACGAGCGCUUCUACGAGCGUCUGGACUGGAACGGCAGCAAGAAGACCAAGGACCUGCAGGACGGCUCCAUCUACAUCCUGAACGUGACGUGGAACGACACGGGCACCUACCGCUGCAUCUUUAACCGCACCCUCACCUUCACUUCCUACGGGUUCCACACUGACAUCACCAAGAUCGUCCACCUCAACGUGGUGCCAAGACUGACCAGGGGGAUAGCGUCCAUCUUGUCUGAGGUGAUGAUGUAUGUCACCAUCGUUGGGCUGCAGGUAUGGCUGGUGGUAGAGAUGAUUUACUGCUACAGGAAGAUAUCAGCGCAAGGCGAGGAAGCAUUGAGAGAGAGCGCGGCGGAGUACUUAGCUAUCGCUUCGGAGAGUAAAGACAAUUGUGCAAUGGUGGCAGUGACCGAAUAGCACUGGUUAAAUAAUGGCUCCAAACGACGAAUAGCUCUCGAUAGCCCUUCAACACUUCACCCCUUCUUCCAGACUUCCAUUAUGACACCAUCUCAUUACCCCAUCCAGGAGGAGCAGCCAAGAGGCUUGUCCAGAGAACAGAUGGAUGACAAGUGAAACAGCCGAUGGAGAAAAAAAAAGGACAUUACUGUAUUUAAAUGCAAAUAUACAGCAUGAGUGUACUAUCGAGCAGUACUAUAAUAUCAAGAGUUGUAUAUACAGUACGUAUGCUUAAUUAUGCAAUCCAAAUCUUCAUUGUAAUACUCCUACGUUAUAUUAAGUUAGUUCAUACAUAGCAUUGUACAUUAAGUAUAGAUGCAUGUGUAGUGAUACAUCAUAACCAUUGGCAUUAAUAUGUUUCUAAAGGUCAAUUUCAGGAUUCUAAAGUGUGUUUGUAUCAAAGCAAUUAGAGAUCAGAACUCAACUGCAAUCUUACUUGGCUUCAGUAGCCAGUCUUGAUCAGACCUUCAAUGGCUAUUAUGCACAGAUCCAGACUAGCCUACCGGUAUAUUCAAAAGCAUCCCAGUACAACCUUAAGAAAGUUAUGCAUUCAGGUUAAUGAAAUGAGUACCCUGGGGAGUAGUAGCCUAACAUACGGUUGACUAGCUGGGAUGGAUUGUAAUGGAUUGUACACAUCCAGAGCAACUAUUUCUGUUUGACAACAUCUGUCUACCUGUUAAAGGUUAAAGAAUUAAUGUUCUAGUAAUGUUACCAAUAGGAUAACUCUCUCAAGCUCAAAAAGUACAUUAGGAUCGGGGCAAAUUCACUAUCCUGUGUCUAGUGUAGGACUCAUGCCUGUACAUACUGUAAAUCGAGAAGGACUGUAGCUAACUAUUUAUCAAUGCAAUGGAAUGAUUUUCACAUAACCGGUAGGUCUUAUUGAGAUUUUUGCGAGAGAAAAGGACGGUUGUGAUUCGAUGGACAUUCAUUUGGACAUCAGCUUGUGAGGGUCGCUUAUGUCAGACGACUUAAGGUAAUGAGCAUGGUCAAUUCCUCAAAGCUAUAUAUAAUUAUCCACCAAUGUAUCCUUCUAGAAAGUGUCACAUUAUAGCAGUGCCAUUUUUAAAUGUUGAGACUAUCAUUCUACCGUUGUGACUGGAAACCUCCAUACAUUAGACAUAUAUUUAUUGCAGUAUAAUUGCAUUCUCUCCAUAUUUCAUUAAUGCUUCAUUUGCUAGAAUUUCCUGACCAUAUUUACAACAACCAAGGGCAUGUCAUAUUAGCUACCAUUUUACUACCGUGGGAAACUACCAGAAUUUGUCCAGUGUGUCUGGAGCAGGAAUGUCUGUGACUGGUCAAAGACCUGAAAUGGUUUAAACAAGACGCUAAACUGGUUUAAAACAAGUUAUUUAAUGAAGAUACCUAAAUGUGAGCAGAAACUAUACUAUAUACAUAGUGUUGGCUUAGUGCUCAUAUCGAUCAGUCCCUAUGGAGCAGAGUACAGUGAGCUGCUAUUGAAAACUGACAUCCCCGUCGUUCCUAUUUGGCAGUCAAUUCUGAAUUAUACCUUCCAGGGGCAGAACACUGCCUAAUGUGGACUGCCAUGUUGCAUGCAUACUUUCUUGUGGAAUGUCAUUGGGAUCUGGGUUUGCUACAUUUGAAGUACAGAAAAGUGAAAGAAUAAUAGGAUCGUUAUCGCAUGAUAACUGCAACGCGUGAACAAAUGAUCAUUCAUUAGAAUUCAUGUUCAAGAUUUUGAAUGAUUCAAAAUUCCUUAAAAAUACAUUUUUAAACGUCACGCCGAUUUGGUCAGGUUAGAGUUUCUAUUCACCUUUCACAGAACUUCAACAUUAAAUAGCGGAAUAUAUGUUGGGAAAAACAACAGGCUUAAAACAGGGAAUAAUCUACUUCUGCUGUAAUUCAAAAUGUUCAUUGAAGAGAGCUUUUCCAGUUCACAUUACUAUGGAAAUGUUGCUUGCCAAAACAGUCAGCUUUAUACCAUAAUACAAUUGUCAUGUGAGAAUGGAGUAGGCUUUAUGUCUGGUUAUUAAAUCUAAACAAUCUC